CGGCGCCUUCUUGCAGCUAUCUGAUCCUCACGGAUGAUCACGCGGCUGGUAGAGGUGGUGCAAGCCAUUGCACUGACCAGUGACCUGGUUUGGUCAGAAGCAAGCACGUCGCACCCGGCGUCGCGCAGGAUCGCUCAAACUUUCCUCAAAGUCGAACUUGUAGGUGAUGGUGGGUGCAGAGUCCAGACGAUCACCGCUGUGAUCCCGCGGGUGCGCGCCGGCACACGUGGCGAUGGGCGCCUAUUCAUUUCAACAAUCUGCAGCUCGCGAGGGCUGGCUUCCGCGCCAUGAAACAGGGGAGCCCAUUCUCAUGGCCUAUAUUUCGCGCAGAUCCCGUCUGGAUACCGUCUUGCUUGUCCUCAACGUCGACGUAGUCCGUCCCCUCGCAGUUGCCUAGCUCCCUCAAACAGUUUCUUCGCAUCUUGCACACCACGCUCAUAGUCACCAUGUCUGAUACAAAGCACCCUCUGGCCGAGUACGGCGUGGAUCCUAACAAGAUUGCGCCCGACGCGACGCCUUCUCCUUCUUACAACAUGCCCACAAGCAUGCCUGAGCCCGCGACGUCAUGGGACAACCCCCAACUCCCCACCCAGCACGACGCGAUGCCACCCGCGUACGAGGAUCACACGAAUCAGAUGCUCUCUCAGCCCCAGCCUCCUCAGCCAUCGAGGCAGCCCCAACCCGUGCGGCCCCCCUCCCACCAGUCGCGCCCGAGCUCGUCGAGAGCGUCCGCAUCAAGCACGAGCAGCUCUCAUUAUGAUACCCCCGCCUGUUUCUCUCGCCAAGCGCCGCCGAAUCUCACCUAUCCUGACUUUAACCCGACUUUCCUGAUCGCAAACGGGGACGGGGAGCACAUUCACAAGGCUUUCCCGAUUGCCGUGCCGCCUUCCACGGCGUUUCCCCACCCAUUCCAGUCGCACGGCGUACUCGAGGAGGAUUGGAAGGCGUUCCUCCAGGCCAUCCAGCAGAAAGCAAUCAUAUCAGACGAGCAGAAGUCGCGAGCACGCAUCCCCAUCAUCUCGCUCAUCCCUGUCGUCAACAUCAUCGUGCGCGAAGGCAUCACGACCUUGAUGAAGUCGCGCAAAGUUCACCCUGUCUGCAAGCUUAUCCAUCUCUGGAAUCACCACUACUUCAACCCCCGCCGGAUAGAGGUCAUCCUCAUGCAGGGCAACGCCCGCGUCGACCAGGAGAAGGCGUCCUUGCCCAAGGAGUACGAAAACAAGGGUUACACCCAGACCGCCGGUGGCUCAAAUCUGAACUUCGACGACGACAAGACCUUCCGACUCGUCGUGCGUUCACUCUCGGCACCUAGUUGCUGAACGAUACCCUUGCGCUACGAUUCCGUUACCCGCCGCAGCCAGGCUCGCAUACACUUAUCUAUCUGGAUCUUCCUUGAGUUGUUUCAGUAUACGACUACAUGACUCGCUACUACGACCACUAUGAUAAGCUAAGACUUACUCAUGGAACAGACUUGAUCGUAGCCGACAGAAGGGAGCAGGAAGCUGCUCCGCGCGACUCAGUAAUGCUAAGUAACUUACUAAGUAUACCUCUUUCAUCCGUAUUCUCCAUAAGACCUCGCACUUUUGACAUCCUCCUUGCGUCCUUGAAUGCAGCCUACAACGCGAUAUCGAUGCGCACAAUGCCUUUUUCAGUGCGUUGAACUGGUGUAGAAUAGUAUCCAACGCACGCCAGAUUGCCAGCGUU